GUAACAUAUAAGGCCGUUCGACUUCAACGAACGAUCUAUCUAAGCCCAUUCUCAGUCGUUUGAAGGCGGUCCACUGAGUCGGUUGCUGAUUGCUGCUAUCGUCGGAAAACAGACGGAAUCACAAUGAGUUCGAAAAGUGUUCUGCAUAUUUUUCUCCUUAGUAUGGUUGCUCUUCAGCAACUAGAGUUGGGUACUGGUUCCCGCAUCUUGGCAGCCUUCUUUUUUCCUGGGAAGAGUCACUUCAUGAUGACCAAUGCCAUCAUACGAGAGUUGGUGAAGCAAGGACAUGAAGUUACCUUCAUUACUCCGUUUUCCUUGUCCAAGGAGAACCUUGGAUCAAACUAUAGGGAAGUAUUGAUUCCUCAAUACGAUUUUUGGCCAGAAAUUAAGGAGCUGACCAACAAAAACACUGUUUUGGAAAUGACGGAUUUGCCAUCUUUUUCAUUCCUCCGAAUGGUCAAUGUGAUGGGUACCCACAGUACGGAUUUUGCAUUCGAGCAACCUGAGAUUCAGGCUGUAAUCAAUGAGAAGAACAAGAUUGGCAAAUACGAUCUGCUGCUGGCAGAGCAAUUCUUCAACGAGGGUGCCCUCAUCCUGGGUCACCUGUACCAGAUCCCCAUCAUAACUGUUUCGACUUUUGGUUUUGCUAACUACUUUAGUCAGAUGCUUGGAAUAGUGUCUCCUUGGUCAUAUGUACCACAUGCCUAUAUGCCGUAUACGGAUCGCAUGUCGUUGUGGGAACGCAUCGAAAAUGUGGCCAUCAGUGCAGCCGAGGAUCUCGUCAGAGAGUUCUCCUACUACCCCGGACAGGAUGCCGUCUUAAGGAAGCAUUUCUCCAAACUCCUCGACAGAGUUCCCACCAUCAAAGAACUUGAGCGUAAUGUCUCUGCCAUUCUGUUGAACACCUACGUGCCACUCGCUUCCUCGAGGCCAAUGGCAUAUAAUAUGAUCCCAGUGGGCGGUUUGCACAUUCAACCUCCGAAGGCGCUACCGGAACAUCUUAAAAAAUUCCUGGACGGAGCUACACAUGGAGCCAUUUACUUUAGCUUGGGGUCCCAGGUAAGGAGUGCCGAUUUGCCGCCUGAAAAGCUAAAGGUUUUCCUAGAAGUCUUUGGCAGUCUGAAGCAACGCGUUCUCUGGAAGUUCGAGGAUGAGUCCCUGCCCAAUCUGCCUGACAACGUGAAGGUGCAAAGUUGGUUACCUCAAGGCGACAUUCUGACGCAUCCCAAUGUCAAGGUUUUCAUUGCCCAUGGAGGACUCUUCGGCACACAGGAGGCGGUGUACAAUAGUGUUCCCAUAUUGGGAAUGCCCGUCUACUGCGAUCAGCAUCAGAACAUUAACCUGGGUAAAAAGGCAGAAUAUGCUCUGGGAUUGGAUUACCGGAAAGUCACGGUGGAUGAAUUGCGAGGUCUACUGCUGGAACUGAUUGAGAAUCCAAAGUACAGAAACAACAUUAAGAAGGCCUCUCGGAUAUUCCGCGAUCGCCCACUUGGAGCUAUGGAUACGGCCAUGUACUGGAUCAACUAUGUGAUCGAGCACCGAGGUGCUCCUCAUCUGGUGUCCGCUGGCGUGCAGCUGCCCUGGUACCAGUUCUACCUUUUGGACAUUGUGGGUCUAGCUAUCGCAGUGAUUCUCCUGCCCAUCGUGGCUCUAAUCCUGAUCUGCCGCAGGAGCUCCAAGCCAAAGAGCACUCCGAAGAAGAAGACCAAGAAAAAUUAGAACCAAAACUUGAGUUUUAUUUUUGUUAACAAAAAAGGCUACAAAUAUGUUAGAUAGUUUUUUGUAAUAAAUUUUGGAUAAUUUCGUAA